AUGGGAGAUUGCGUUGGACGUACGGGGAACCACAACAACACCAGUAGCAACAGCGCAUCGCCUUUGAUCGUACUGCCGAACGGUGUGAUUCUAAACCGUCGUCCCAAGUCGGAUGCAUCGGCCGCACUGAACGAGUGUCUGCUGUGUUGGAACCAGCCGCAAGAUCCGAGCCGCUGUCCCAACUGCGCCCGCCAGUACUGUCUGCAGUGCAUCACCAAGUGGUUCGGGACGAAGCGGGCCCAAACGCCCGGCGCUAUCGAGUGUCCCAACUGCCACUCCAAGCUGCCACUCGAGAACCUUGUUCAGUGUGCGGCUGAGGUGAAUGAGACGCUGGCAACUGCAUGCGAACCGGUGCACCUUACCAACUGUGCCGGAGACGUCUGCAAUGGGUCUCUUAAGCUGAGCAACGGUACGGCCCCACCGUGCGUCGAGAAGGGCACUAUUCGCGUCGUGGUGAAGGUGUUGGAGAGCGAUGCCAAUGCGUCACCGAAAGACGGACACCCAUCGCCUCCGCCGCGGAACCGCGCGGACACACCGAACGGCUCCCAGACCGCCCUUACGAACGGUUCCAGCUCGGAGAAGAUGCAUCCGCCGGUGACGAAUGGUAAGCAGCAGCAUGGCAAACGAAAAGAUAACACGCCGUUAAAGUCGCAAGCGGAUCCGUCACUCGCGAACGGUGCCGGUACGGAAUUGGACGCGGUCGAGAAGAAAGCAAAUUCAGCGCCAUUGGAAAACGGGCGAAAUAAACCGAAAUCGCCACCGAUCAUCUGCAACGGUGUGCAUCCCGAAUCGCCGUCAAAGAAUGCCGAUCGAAAGAACGGCCACAGCAACGGCAGACCCACGGUAACAUUCGAGGAACCGAAAACGACACGUAGGAACGGUUAUCGCCACAAACAAGCGACGGAUGGAGAAAAAGUCCUCACCGUUGAAAAGCAACCGUCGCCUCCCGAUGUGGACAUCUCAUCCCGGGAGUCAAGUAACGUGCCGGUCGAAUCAACUCAGCCCAAUGUUCCGGAAAGGGUUCCAUUCGACGAUGACAUCAGGCAGAACGGCGAAAACCUCUGCCCCACGCACACUCUACCAAUGCUCUUUUUCUGUCUGUCAUGCAAUGGGUGUAUCUGUGAGACGUGUGCCCUGCACGAUGAUACACACGCCGAGCACACGUUCAAGAAGAUCACCACCAUGUACGACAGCAAGGUGGAGAAGAUCCGGCACGAGUUUGGAGGCAUCAAGGCGUAUCUGGCAGAUGUGGGCACGGUGCUGAAAGCCAUCGAGCAGAACAUAGACUGGGUCCGGGCGUCCAAGGCGCGGAAGCUCCAGGAACUCAGCCAACUGCUCCACACGGAAGCCGAAAACAUUGAACGGCAGAUCCAGGCGAAGCUAACACUGCUCCAGCGUCAGAAGGACUCGGUGAGCGCGGAAAUUGCUCGCGUUACCGGUGCCUAUCGACGGAUGGAGAGCGAACUCAAAGUCUGCCCAAAGCCGGAGCUGCUGUUCAAAGACGAUGACUUCCUACAGCGUUGCAGUCGGUUGGUCGAGUCGCCAGCAUCCAAAGCCUUCCGCCAUGAGCACGUCCCGGUGGAUCUGGAUUGUGAGUUUGUGCCGGAGUUCCGGUCGGAAGUGUUCGUCAUCAAGAACUAUCACGCCAUCGAACCGAUGGAGGAGUGCCGAACGUCGGACGUGUUGCGAGAUGUGGUUGGUUUCGGGUGGCGUCUACACAUCUGGAAGAGUGAUCAUCUCUCGGUGACGCUGAUCAUGACGGACGGUGUUAUUGGAAGAUACGAAUACUGUAUCGAGCUGAUGCACGAGGAUCCAGCCAAAGCGAUUCGAUUGACACAGAUCGAUCAUUUCGAGCUACACCAGACAGGACCGGUGCACGAUCUGAUCGAGAACGAGCAGCUCGAGGUGGAAGGCUUCCUCCAUCCGGAAGAUGACUCACUGCAGAUAAAGUUCUCCGUCCGUCCGCCUACGAUCGUCAUGGUUAGCCGGUACCAGCAGGAGUUUAUCGAUCGUUUCAUGAAGGAUAACAUCAACGAAUACGACAGCAAUGUGAUCACGAUCUGCAACAUUCGCGAUCCCACUACAUCGAUCGUACUGUCGAAACAGUACACCGAUACGGUUGGAUCCCGGUGGCGGCUAAACGUGUAUCCGAAGGGAAACAACACCAAUCAACGAUAUCUGAGUACGUACGUAGAGCUGUGUGAUGGUAUCGCUGGAAGAUACCAGUACACAGUGGAGCUGCUGCAUGACGAUGUGACGCGUCAGGUGAAGUUCCAAUCGGAGGAUCACUUCAAGGUGGGCGAAAUACGCGGUUAUCAGAAGUUUAUCCGCGUCCGAAGACUGCUGGAGGAGGGUUAUCUGAACGAGGAAGGAUCCAUUCUAAUUCGUCUCUCGAUUCGUCCGGCCAACCUCGCACUGCGUUGCCAGUACCAGGAAGAAUACCAGACGCUUAAAGAGGAUAGAAUCCGCACCCAGUUCAAUACUCAGCUGAACCAGAACUUGAUGAGGAUAAAUAGUCUACGCGAUGACAAUGCAUCACUGCAGGCCCUAGUGUAUCCCGAGUAUGCUUCCAACAUUUUUGUGGUACGCAACUUCUCGGCAUUGCGAGAAGCGCAGGAGGACAUCUGUUCCGACAAUGCGUACGACGAUCUUGGAUGUUGCUGGCGGUUGAUUGUGUACGCCAACGGUGAUAAGGAGGGUCGUGAUGAAUGGCUGAGCGUGUACCUGAGGCUGCUAGAAGGCAUUCCAGGAAGCUACGAGUACUGCGUGGAACUGCUGCACAACGAUGCGGCGAAAACGGUCAAAAUGGAAGGAACGCAAUCGUUUGACAUACAGGAACGAUUUGGCUGGACACGCUUCGCCCGACUGGACUGGAUCUGUGCGAAUGGGUUCGUUAGCGAGGAGCAGAAUGCACUGUACUUUCGAUUUUCACUACGACCACCCAACUAUAAGGCAAAGUGUGAGUACCAACAUCUGCUGCGACUGGAAGCGAAGCGCGAGUGUGAGCUACUAAAACGUGAACUAAUACCGGCAUACAGUACGAUGACUUACACGUUACGCAACUUUUCCGAGAUGCAGCGGAAGGAUAGCUUCGUUUACUCAGAUCCGUUAGUAGACGAUUUGGGAUUUUCCUGGAGAUUAUUGAUCUACGCAAAUGGACACAACGAAGCGCGCGGGAACCAUCUUAGCAUGUAUCUGAUUCUGUUCGAAGGUGUAUCGGCCAGCAGGUUCGAGUAUCGGGUGGAAUUGCUACAUCCUCUAAAUCCAACGGCAAACAUCAAGAUGGAGGGCGUCAACGUGUUCAAGCUAAAGAAAAUCUGGGGCUGGCCACAGUUUAUGGAUCACGAGCGGCUACAGGAGGAAGGCUAUCUGGACCAAGCGACCGACACGCUCGAGUUCCGCCUGUCGAUGUGUCCACCGGACAUUAAGCUGAAGUGCGAAUAUCAGCAGGAGUUUAUACGCAAGCUGAAAGAGAAUCAGAAAUAGUGGAUUACCACGUCUAGCCUCACAAUACUGCCAAACGUAACCGUAGGAGGAGACUUUCGGAAAAUGUGUCAUGUGUCCGGCCGUUGGAACAUGUACGCCGAAACGAAAACAAGCCCGUAACAUGGCGACGGAAGUUUCAUCUUGUCCGCGGCUUUGGACGCCACGAGUGUGCAAAGCGUGCAAAAAGAAACAAACCCGUGGGGUCUUAUCGUGUACCAGAGUUUACGCAAUCGCGCGAAUAGUAUGGUGCGAAUGAAGGAUACAACACGUUCCUGGUGUCGUUGCAUCGGUCGGCCCAUCGUUGGAGACUGUGCGGAUUUUUAAUAUAAUUUUUCUUCCGACAACGCUUCGCCGCUUCGGUCCGAGCGUUGAUAUAAAUCAAAGCUAAUGUUUGAAGCAAUCCCGAACGAGUAGGGGCAAGAGUGAGAGUGUGCGAUUGAGGCAAGAUGGUCUCGCACGAGGGGAGGGGAAUGGUAGCCGUUUCUAUAUUUUUAGCAUAAAAGUGUAAGGAAUUCGAUACGCGACACCGAUGAUGAUGACGAUGAUCAUGCUGCUAUGCGCGGUGAUCACGCGGCGAAAUGGGUGAACAAUUUGAAAUCAGCAACGGGUCACACAGACACGUGGUUGGAAGAAGUUCUAGUGAGCCAUCUUGAAACCGCCGACCAAAGAUAAACCGGAAGAAGAAGCAAGCUUCGAACGGUUCGAACGAGACGAGGAAAAUGUCAUUAAAAAGGGGAAAAAAUUAAAACAACGGACCGUACCGCAAAGGAUGUUAAGUGGCUUGGCGGUGCUUUAUGUUCCGUUUUUUUUAUGGUAGCGUCCGUCACGCAGUGAAUAAAGGAGGGAAGUUGUGUAGAUUGUAUAUUAUAUUUAUUUGCUCGGUUUUAGUUUUCGUGCCACACCGUUUCACCGUCCUGCUGUACGGUAGCGCGUGUAGUCUUUAGGGAAGAUAUGAAAUUUAGGUUAAGUGUACGCGAAACGGUAUCAGUGGACACGGAAUGCUUUUUGUAUAUUAUGGUUUAGAUUUUUUUGUUGCCGAUCUUUGACUGGUAGAUUCGUAAUGUUCGCUAGCUCAUUUGACUUUUUCGUUUUGGGUCGAUAGGAAGUAGUCGAAGAAUAUGACUUUUUUUCUUUUCGUUUUUGCUGUUUAUAGAACGAUCAAGACCAGGAAAGAAGGUGGUUGUAAAGUUAUGGUUAUUAUUUUGCGUUCUA